GAGUGAUUGCAGUAAUCAGAUAUGCCGCGUCCCCGCUGCCGCCCAUCGGCCGGGGGUGGUGGGCACGGCCAGGAGAGCAUCGCCCAGCGUGGGUUGGGGGAGCUGGUUUUGGGGACAGACACACGGACUGGAAAGAGACACAUGGACGGUGGCAGCUCCCGACGAGGCUGUGAGUAUCCAUCAGAGCUUUUUCCUGGGAUGAGGGGUGGUGAUGGGGGAAUUUCCUGAGGUUUUGGGGCUGGUGGUGAAGUUGCUGCUGUCUGCCAUCCACUCGCCCGUGGGAACACCACGAGCAGCUCUUCUAUCUCCAUGUUUUCCUCCAAAACAGAGUGGAAAAUCUCCAAACACACAGCAAACAGCCAAGAGGCCGUACAACAGCAAGAACCAAGAUUUGUUGCUCCUUUUUCAUCCACUUCAGGCAGGGAUUGCUGCUUUUCAUUACAAUUAUUAUCUUAAUUCCUUCUCUACUUACCCCAAUACCACCUCAUCACCAGCAUGGGAGGGAUUUUGGAGGUGCAGACCCCAGGGCAGGGUGGCUGCAGGUCUUAUUGACAGCAUCUCGCCCAGGGUGGCCAUAUAUAAUUUCAAAUCAUGUUGUUGAUUUCUGGCACAACUGCUGGAAGUCUUCCUUGCUUACUCACUAUACGAGCCGAGUUUAAUGGGUUGCCAUAUGCAAACAAGAUCUGGGUGAAGUCAGAGAAAGAAUGGCUGAAUGGAUGAGUUCAGAGACCGAAAACUAAAAUAAAAUAGGGAAAAUGUGUACUUUCUGCUGAUCAUAGCCUUUUUAUUUCAGCUGAGCGUUGAACCCUCUGAGCGGCAGUGACUGCACAUUUUGGGGUGGGAUCUCAGAGGGACAGAGGCCGACCCCUCCCUGUGUCCAUCAAUAUGGAUUGCAGUGACACCGUCACCGCAGAGGUCUGCAAGGAGGAUGACAUUGGUGAUGGAGAACUCUGUGAGGUGAUGGUGGCUGGCUACCCGGUGCUGCUGGUGAGGAACAAGAUGGAGUUCAGCGCCCUGGGCAGUAGGUGUCCACACUACGGCGCGCCGCUCAGCAAAGGGGUCUUGAGAGGGCACAGGCUGCGCUGCCCCUGGCACGGCUCCUGCUUCAACAUCAAAACUGGAGAUAUUGAGGAGUACCCUUCUCUGGACUGCCUGCCUUGCUUUAAGGUAACAGUGGAAAAUGGAAAGGUGUUUGUUACAGCCAAAAAGAAGGAUCUUGAAAGCAGCCUGAGGGUGAAGGACAUGAGCAAACGAUGCCUUCUCAACCGGAACACCAUGCUUCUACUGGGGGGAGGUGUGGCUGCCCUGACCUGUGCAGAGACACUUCGCCAAGAGGGCUUUACUGGCAGGAUCAUCAUGGCCACCAAAGAGAAACAUGCUCCGUAUGACAAGUCCAAACUGAGCAAGGAAAUGAACUUAAAAGCUGAGGACAUCUACCUGAGGAAACCUGAAUUCCUGUGUGCUCAUGGCAUAGAGCUCUGGACAGAGAAAGAGGCAGUGUCAGUGGAUUUCCAGAAGCAGAAGGUUCGCUUCAUGGAUGGAUCCUCUCAGAAGUACAACCAGCUGCUCAUUGCAACAGGUGCACACUCCAGCUUCCUCAAAGUCCCAGGUGCAGACCUGCAGAACGUGUGUCAUCUUCAAACCCCAGAGGAUUCUAGCAAGGUCUUAGAGCUGGCAUCUGGGAAGAAUCUGGUGAUUGUAGGAGCUUCAUUCGUAGGAAUGGAGGCAGCUGCCUUCCUCUCAGACAAGGCUGCUGUCAUCUCGGUGGUGGAAAAACAUGAGUUCCCUUUCCAGAAAACGCUGGGUCCUCAGGUUGGAGGCGUUGUCUUGAAGAUGCUGCAAAGUAAAGGAGUCAAGUUUUACAUGAAAAAAGAACUCCACGAGCUGAAAGGGAAGGAUGGAAAGGUCACAGAAGCCAUUCUUGCCAGUGGAGAAAAACUACCUGCAGAUGUGGUGGUGGUGGGAAUAGGGGUGACCCCCAACACUGCAUUUCUGAAGGGCACCUCCAUCACCAAAGACAACAGUGGUGCCAUCCUGGUGGACCUGCACAUGCAAACCAACAUCCCAAACGUCUUUGCUGGAGGGGAUGUUGUCUCCUUUCCCGUAGCACUGCUCAAUGGGGACCACUCCAGCAUCCAUCACCAACAGGUGGCUGAGGCCCAUGGAUCCAUCGCUGCCUUUAACAUGUUGAAGAAACAGAAGGAGUUGCACACUGUCCCCUUCUUCUGGACCACGAUGCUUGGGAGAAGUAUCCACUAUGCAGGCUGUGGGAAAGGCUACACAGACACCGUUCUGAAGGGCAGCUUGGAGCAACAGAAGUUCCUCAUCUUCUACCUCAAGGAUGGCUUUGUGACAGCAGCUGCCAGCCUAAAUUGUGACCCAAUGGUGUCUCUGAUUGCUGAAGUUUUAUACUUGGGGAAAAAAAUAUCUAAAGAAGAAGCAGAGGCCUAUGAUAUCAACAACAUACCCUUGUGACAGCAAGCUAAGCUUCAUUUGUACGCUGCCACGGGGGGGCACAGCAUCAACCAGGAGUUAAAGCUCAACUUGUUGCGAGAGAAAUAAAGUGGAAGCAAAGCUGGAUUGAGGACAUGCAUUUUGUGUUUGCACAGCCCUUGGCUGCUCUUUGCACUCCGGGGCAAAACAGAGGUGUGCUUUUUCCUAACCAGGGACCUGCUGGGCUGGGCAAGAGGAGACCACACAAGGUCCCCAGUCCAC